GUGUACGCACAGGCCUUGUCCUCGUCCUUGAUCAAAUCCCUCAGCAGCACUUGACGGACGAAAGACACACAUUUGCACGGAAAAAUGGUCGCUUACUGGAGACAAGCAGGGCUGAGUUACAUCAAGUACUCGGCUAUCUGCGCCAGGGUCGUGCGGGCAGCACUGAAGCCACAGAUCAGAGUCGAGGCGCUUAAAAACGCAGAAUCCAAUGUGAAGGUCAUUAAAAUCAAGACGGCAUAAUGAGCUGCAAUUACACCCUGCAAUCCCUACUUCUCCAUAUACAUUCUCUGUCGGAUUUACAUCAAGACCCGCAGUUAUGUUGAUUGAAUGAAAAUAGUUGUAUUCUUUUGAUAAUAAAUUAUGAGUCUCAAACUAAAA